AGAAAAACGUUCUCAGAAAUCACGUGCCCGCAUCCGGUGACGUCACAUCAACCUUUACUCUCGAGCACAAAACCUAUAUAAUGGAGAUUUCGAAGCGUUUGGUAGUCGUUUGGUCGAAAAGAGAUAAUGUCAGAAGAGAAAAGCACAGAUUCCAAUGAUUAUCAAUCGAAUUGGAUCGAAAUGGAUAACAAAGAUGAUAAUUUGAAGCCUCCUUCGAGGUUUAAAGUAGCUAAAGUGGACUUUGACGUCGAGAAUCAAGAUCAGUCGGUAGCAGACGAUCGUAACGAGGAGGGAACAUAUCAACUUCAAUUGACUCACAAUUCGAAUUAUUCUAAUUCGUACGACACUCAUAAUCUUAAAAGUUUAAGACAAUAUACAAGAGAAGCUUUACCGCGUUUAGAUCAUUAUAGAAAUAUACUUUCUCUACACGCUCAUAUCAGCCGGCCCACUUUAGACGAAUUACAUUUGGGAAAUGGCUCCAUCGUCGGAGAUCACAACUGGCAGAAGCCUGUGGAAAAGUUACCAAAACAAAGUGAACAAAUAACCAAAACAGCUGUUAAGUUUGGAUGGAUUCAGGGUGUAUUGGUAAGAUGCCUGCUAAAUAUAUGGGGUGUUAUGCUUUUUCUCAGAUUGUCUUGGGUUGUUGGCCAAGCAGGCAUUGGUUUAGGAUGUGUGGUAGUUUUGCUUGCUACAGUUGUUACAGUUAUCACAUCUCUUUCAAUGUCAGCCAUCUGCACAAAUGGAGAAGUAAAAGGAGGUAAUGAGAAAAUAGAAAAUAAAGCCCAAAUUUUUGAAACAAAAAUGGAUGAUAUGCGAAUAAUUAGCUGUGUAACAGUAGUAUUUCUCUUAGGAAUUGCUAUUAUUGGAACAGAAUGGGAAACGAAGGCUCAAAUUGUUCUUCUUAUUAUCCUUUUAAGUGCCAUGGUAAAUUUUAUUAUUGGUAGCCUUCUUACACCUAAAGAUGCUCAAAUAGCUCAGGGAUUUGUAGGAUGGAAUUUUGAGCUUGGAGCAGAAAAUUUUAUGCCAGGGUUUAGAGAUGGUGAAGAUUUCUUCUCAGUUUUUGCAGUAUUUUUCCCAGCUGCAACAGGUAUACUUGCAGGAGCAAACAUAUCUGGUGAUUUAAAAGAUCCUCAGAAAUCUAUACCUAGAGGAACACUUUUAGCAAUAUUGCUCACAACAAUAUCAUAUUUAUUAUUUGCUGUAGCAGCUGGAUGUACAGUUUAUAGAGAUGCUAAUGGAAUAGUAGAAUUUGUUCAUAACAACACUUUACAUCUUCUGAGAAACUGCAGUUUAGGAGAAAAGGGAGUGUGCCCUUAUGGAUUAAUUCCAUAUUAUCAAACAAUGAAAUUAGUUGCUGCUUUUGAUCCAUUAAUAUAUGCAGGUAUUUUUGCUGCCACUCUUUCAUCAGCAUUGGCUAGUUUAGUCAGUGCACCAAAAGUUUUCCAGGCACUUUGUAAAGAUAAACUAUUUCCUUACAUCCAUGUUUUUGCUAAAGGAUAUGGAAAAAAUGGAGAGCCACGUCGAGGCUACAUUUUGACAUUUAUAAUAGCGUUGGCAUGUUGUGCAAUAGGUGAACUGAAUGCAAUUGCACCUAUAAUAUCAAAUUUUUUCUUGGCUGCUUACUGUCUGAUAAAUUUUUCCUGUUUUCAUGCUUCAUUUUCAAGAUCUCCAGGAUUCCGUCCAUCUUUCAAAUAUUAUAACAUGUGGCUUAGUCUUCUUGGAGCAAUACUGUGCCUUGUUAUCAUGUUUAUAAUAAAAUGGUGGGCAGCUCUUACAACAUUUGCUGUUGUACAAGCUUUGUUUAUCUACAUCUAUUACAGAAAGCCAGAUGUAAAUUGGGGAUCAUCAACUCAGGCUCAAAUGUAUCAAAUGGCUCUUAAUGCUGUUAUAAAAUUAAAUCUAGUUCCAGAUCAUGUGAAAAAUUAUAGACCACAAAUUCUUGUUCUAACUGGAUGCCCAAAUAAUCGUCCUCCAUUGGUAGAUUUUGCUUAUACUAUUUCAAAAAAAUUGAGUUUAAUGGUCUGUGGUCAUGUUCUAAUAGGAAAUCAUUCUCAAAAAACAAAAGCAUUGUUAAGUCAACAAGCAUAUCAAUGGCUUCAAAAACGAAAAGUGAAAUCAUUUUAUGCAGUAGUUCAAGAAGACAGUUUUUCCCAUGGUGUAUCAUCUCUGACUCAGUUAGUUGGAAUUGGAAAAUUAAAACCAAAUGUGAUUUUAAUGGGAUAUAAAUCAAACUGGCAAGAAUGUGAACCUAGUGAAGUACUUGAAUAUUUUAAUGUUAUUAUGGCUGCUUUACUUAGUAAAUUCAGAAUUGAUUAUUCUGAUGUAACUGUGAUACCAGAUGUUACAAAAUCACCACAAGAUUCCAGAAUAUCUGAAAAAAGUUUAACUCUGCUUUUAGUAAUCUUUUCUGCAAUAGUUUCUAUUAUUAAUUCUUCCUCUUUUAAUCUAUUUCACUUUUCUUUUUAUGUAAAAGUACUGAAACCAACAACUUCUUGGCUAGUCAUAUUAUCCGCAUUAAUUUUAGCUGAGAGUUCAAGAGAAUCAUCACCACCUUCAACUCCAUCAGUACAGAGAAUACAGAAAUCAGAAGGAGUGUCUCACAAUCCUCUUGGUCAAAGCCCAUCUGUUAUAAAUAAUUCUCAAUAUCUGAAAAGCCCAGUAAAAGAUAUUCCAAAAGAGGUAUUAAUGUCUGCUAAUCAGUUCCAACGAAAGCAAAAGAAAGGCACAAUAGAUGUCUGGUGGUUAUAUGAUGAUGGAGGAUUAACAAUGCUGAUCCCUUAUUUGCUUACUACACGAUCUCAGUGGGGAAGUUGUAAGCUUCGAAUAUUUGCUUUAGCAAAUAAAAAGGAUGAAUUAGACAGAGAGCAACGCAAGUAUGAAUGUUUACAGAANAAGAAGGAUUGUAUUCCUGAAAAUACCAUUGGAAGAAAUAUAUCAUGUUCUCAGUUGUCACAAGAAGAAGGAGAAACAGUGGAGAACUUCGUGACUUCAUUAUAUAGUCUGGUUAAAACGUGUGAUUUUCCUGCUUCGUUUCAAGACGAAAUGAUUAGGGAUAGAAUAGUUUGCGGCAUUAGAGACAAAAAGGUUUCGGAACGUUUGCAACUUGAAACGGAACUAACUCUGGAGAAAGCAAUAAACACUGCGAGACAGGCUGAAACAAGUAAUAGGCAUAUGCGAUUAAGAGAACUACUACUGCAGCAUUCAAACGAAGCAUCUCUCAUUGUGAUGACGCUUCCAAUGCCUCGUAAGAGUACCUGUUCAGCACCUUUGUAUAUGGCCUGGUUAGAAAUGUUAACCAGAGAUAUGCCACCUUUUUUACUGAUUAGAGGAAACCAAACAAGUGUGUUAACUUUUUACUCAUAGAAGAUUGCCCUAUAAAUACAGAGGAGAUCUUGCAGAGUUCCUACUCCAGAUUGUAUCCAUAAUAGCAACAGUCUGAACUUUAACUUAUUCUCAUUUACUUAAUUGUUAAUUGCCAAAUGAACAAUGUUUUUUAAGGAUUGGAGCAUUCUAAUCUUGACAAUAGUCACCGAAUAACCUAUUCAUUUGGAAAUUCAUCAUAUUGAUUUCAUUAGUAACCUAUUCCAUUAUGUUGUAAUAUAUUUCAUUUUUUUCUAUUCAUUAAUAUUUUAUAAAAAAAAUUUAAUUAUUAGUUUAAUUGAUGUUUUAAAUCUAAAUAUUGAUGAAAGCAUCAAAUUGAAGAGGAAAAAUAACCUCUUGUCUUGUCUUUUUUUACUAACAAAAAUUUCAUUAAAUUGAAAAUGAAAUUGGUACUGUGUAACAAAUGGGUUAAAAUGUCUUCCAAAUACCCAUUAAAAUGUAGAUAUAUAUAUGUGUAUUGCUUAUUUUCAUAAAUAGCAUAUGUAAAUUAAUCUGAAUUGUAGAUAUGAUCACUAUAAAUUAUAAACUUUU